AGCAGCAAUACCCUACCAUCCAAAUCUCUCUCUCUCUCUCUCUCUCAAUUAAACGAAACCUGAAGUGCUCUCUUUCUUGUAGAACUAUAUUUUCAAAGAUCUUAAAAAAAACAGUAAAGAUCUUAACCAAAGUGCUGUCUACAAGUUUUUAUACAUAACGCGCGGUACAAUUCCUUUUCCAAUUUUGUUGCUUUCUUGCUGAUCACUUCCUCCUCGCCUUCUUUUUCUUCUUCCUUUUCUUCGCCGACUUUCAUUAAUGUCUGAAGAAGACAAGGACCUGUACAACCAUCAUGGAUCUUUUGGCCAUUAUCGCCAAGAAAUCAACCAAUCAAGCUUUCCAGUCAUUAAUGAUAAUCCCUCCAUACCGACACAAAACCAACAGGGGUUUGAUCCCACCUCGUACAUGAGCUUCACUGACUGCUUACAUGGCUCCAUGGAUUACAACGCACUCUCAACAGCCUUUGGCUUUUCUUGCUCAUCAUCGGAAGUAAUUAGCCCGACCGACGAGAAUUGGAAGAACGUCGGUGUAGGAAAUUCAGCGGCGACCGGAGAAAAUCUACCCACCCCUAAUUCUUCUGUGUCUUGCUCAUCUAACGAGCUGGGAGCGGGUGAGGAAGAAUCCGUUAAGAGUAAGAAAGAUAAGCAGCCACAACUGUGUGAAGAUGGAGCUAAAGAGAAGUCUAAGAAAGCUGGUAACAAACCGAAAAAGGAGAAACGGCAAAGAGAGCCGCGGGUUGCCUUUUUGACUAAGAGCGAGAUUGAUCAUCUUGAAGACGGCUACAGAUGGAGAAAGUAUGGACAGAAGGCAGUGAAGAAUAGCCCUUAUCCAAGAAGUUAUUAUAGAUGCACCAGUCCCAAGUGCAUUGUGAAAAAGCGUGUUGAAAGAUCUUUCCAAGAUCCAUCAACUGUGAUCACAACAUAUGAGGGGAAGCACAACCAUCACUGUCCAGCAAGCCUACGAGCUGGUAACGUUACCCGAAUGUUGCCAACUUUUUUGGCCUCGGCUUCAGUUGGACCAAGCUUUCCCCAGGCAUCACUAUUUUCUCAGUUGCUUCCAACAAAUCAUCAAGUCGACCUAAAUUCCUUAUUUUAUCGAAACCUCAUCACUCACCAGCAGCUCCAACUUGAUCCUGAUCAUGGUUUAUUGCAGGAUUUAGUUCCCUCAUUUAGAAACGAGCAACAGCCAUGAUGAAUUGUAGUUACGUAGGAUCACAAGGUAUUGUAUCACUCUGAUGAGGUACAUAGCAAUAAUUAUGAAAGUACUUGAUA